AAGUGUUACAAAAAUGCAACUUUUUGCUUCUUCGGUAUAAUUAAAAUUAUACUUGACCUCUUAUUGAAAAAAAAAAAACUAACAGAAAACUAAAAUAGCUUCAACAUUCAAUAUAUAUGUUAAACUAAUUCUUACGCUAGAUUUGCUUUUAUAUAGACGGGUGACCCAUGUCACAUGUACAGUAUUUGUAGCAGCAUUCGGAAUGUGAGGGCAAGGCAGUUCAUUCACUGACAGACUUCCUUCCCAGCAGCAGGGAAAUACAGCAUCGGUAGUUCAGUAGGGAUACCUUUGGAAAGUUGAAGCAAUGAGUGCUAUCAGAAACUUCUUCUGUCGUCCGUGGUCCUCAGAUGCCAGGCUUGACGGAAAGACUGUGAUAAUAACUGGUGCCAACACUGGCAUUGGUAAAGAGACUGCCCUGGAUUUAGCCAGGAGAGGGGCAAGAAUUAUUAUGGCCUGCAGAGACAUGGAAAAAGCUGAAGGCGCACAAAAAGAGAUCAUUGCUGAAUCUGGAAAUGAAAACAUCAUUGUAAAGAAACUGGACCUGUCUGACACCAAGACGAUCAGGGAAUUUGCAGAACAAAUUAACAAAGAGAGUCAGGUUAACAUUCUCAUUAAUAACGCUGGGAUCAUGAUGUGUCCAUACUCCAAGACAAAGGAUGGCUUUGAGAUGCAGUUUGGCGUCAACCACUUGGGACACUUUUUGCUCGUCCACUUGCUGAUUGAUCUGAUAAAGAAAUCGUCUCCAGCCAGAAUCGUUAAUGUCGCCUCAGUUGCACACAGCUGGGGAACCAUGAACUUUGAAGACAUUAACAGUGAAAAGAGCUAUGAUUCAGUGAAAGCCUAUGGACAGAGCAAACUGGCAAACAUUCUCUUUACACGUGAGCUGGCACAAAGACUGGAAGGAACAGGUGUGACGACAUAUGUCUUGCACCCUGGGAUUGUAAAUACAGAGCUAGGAAGGCACCUAAACUGCGCUAUGAAGAUUGCAAUGCAAGUAGUCAAACCUUUCACCAAAUCAUCAAUAAAAGGCGCUCAGACCUCAAUCUACUGUGCAGUAGAGCCAGAGCUGCAAAAGGAAACUGGAGGAUAUUACAGUGACUGUGCCCCUGCAUCUAGCUCAAGAAAUGCUACAGAUGUUGAGGUAGCUAAGAAACUCUGGGACAUCAGCUGUCAAAUGCUAGGAAUAACAUGGGACUGAGAAAACUGCAGAACUUACAUAGUGUCACUGAAAUAAUCAUUAAUUGUCUCUCUGAACUUAAGUGAUUUAAGUGAUGCUCUCUUCUUUUGGUUGCUGUUGGUUAUUCAGCACAAAACUUACCAUUGAAAUACUGAAUUAUAAUAAUAGAACAUGCCUUCUAGUUUUAACACCCACCAAUUUGCACCAGUUCGGAGUUUGUGUACAGUUUUUACAAGAACAAAAACAUUAUAAAAGAUUCAGCUCUGAACAUUCAUUUAACUGCUUCUGCCUAAAUGCAAGUUGUUGUUUUCUUCAUUUUAUUAGGGUAGAAACAUGUAAUGAUUAUACUCUGGUCUGUAUUUUAUUAUUAUUAUUUUAUUAUUCAGGUAAAGCUGUAUGUUCAUAUUGUAAUAGGCUGUUGUCAGUUUACCAAUUGUCUAAAAUCAAUGUAAUAUACAAUAAACGGUACUGGUUCUGUGUGCGUGUUUUACUUAUUCUGGCUGGUGAAUGGUGAAAUAUUUUAACCCUGAAUUGUAAAAUGUGCUUUUUGUUUGUUUUGACAAUGUAACAAUUUAAAAGUUUGUCUUAGUAAAUAAAUGUAUAUCGUGUCACUUU